GAUCUCUAUUGUGUCUGAGGAUAUCAUAAUCAUACAAGGAUUUUGCGUCUUCAUAAAAAGUGACUGUUAUAUCCCAGCUUCCUUGUUUAUGUCACAGCUUCACGCAACCCCAAUGUUUUUUGUCUCUUAAGGACUUCAUAUAGUAUCUCUUGCUGCUGGUUUUUCUACAAACUUCUUCCCAUUCUGAGGUAGAAGCAUCCAUCCUAUUCCAGCCUUUUGCUUCUCCAAUAUCCAAGAGCAAUCUACAAAGCGACAUACAGAGUUAGCUUUACUAUUCCUGCUUGUCGCGAUUCUGCUGAAGUUAGAGCCUUAUGGAGAACUCUAGACCAAAGUGAUAGAUUUUUUUGGUUGUAACAGAUAUUUUCCAAAUUUGGUUGGAGCUUUAUUUGUUGGGGCCAUAUUUUAGCGCUAGCUAGGCGAGCUAUGAGUUCUGAAUAAAGAGUAUAUAUAUUCCACCUUUUUUGAAAGCCCACGAGAUAUAGUCCCAGCCUUUUGGACCUGAACCAAAAACCAUCCCAAAGAAUAAAUACUUGCAUUAAAGCAUAUCCAAUUCCGAGACAAUGAACCUUAUUUCAAAACACAUAUAGAGUCACUUUUUUUUUUUUGGUCUAAAUGUUAAGAUUUAUACCACUUUUCUGUUUUUUAGAGUUUACAAUGUUGUGGAGCACAACUUAUUACAACAAGAGAAGAGAAAGAAAAGGAAACAAAAGAGCAAAGAGGAGACUAGAAGGAAACAAAGAGGAGGAGAACAAUGCUGUGGAGCAUAACUUAUUAUAGAAUCACUUUUAUUAUGUUUUACAGUCCUUGAAACGAUUAUUAUAAUUUGAGUGCAAGUUAUUCUUUUUUUUUAUAUAUAGUUAUCAUCUCUUAUCUUUUUAAAGGGAGGAAGAUAGAAUAAUUUUAUUUUAUUCUCUCUUAUCUUUCAAAAAAAGAGAGGUGAUUAUCUUCCUCUCUUUAAAAAGGCAAUUUCACUUCAAUAACUCUCCAAAUCUAACCCAAAAUAUGAUAUUUUGAUAGUUAAAUAUUUUCCAAAAAAACAAGAGAGAAUGGGAUUUCGUCUCAAUUUGCCACUAAGGAUCUUGUUACUACAUCUCACACUAUUAUCAGUGACAAAAUGGUCCGAAUCAGCUAGAGUAUUCACGAUCGUGAAUUCAUGUGACCAAACGAUAUGGCCGGCGAUAACACCCGGAGAAAACUUCAGCGGCGGAGGAUUCAAGCUCAAACCUGGCCACUCCAUCGUCUUCAAAGCACCAGUAGGCUGGUCAGGCCGAAUUUGGGGACGAACUGGCUGCAAAUUCAAUAAAACCGGAACCGGAAGCUGUAAAACCGGUUCAUGCGGCUCAAACCUAAAAUGCUCAACUGCUGGAAAACAACCAGUUUCACUAGCCGAGUUCACGCUAGCCUCAUUGGAUUUCUACGACGUGAGCCUCGUCGACGGAUUCAAUCUCCCGAUGACAUUGACUCCGGUGAACGGAACAGGAAACUGCACCGUGGUCCGCUGCGUCGCCGAUUUGAGGCCAAGGUGUCCGGCGGAGCUAGCUGUGAAAUCUAAGGGGAAAGUUAUAUCGUGUAGGAGUGCUUGUGAUGUGUUCGAUACAGAUGAGUAUUGUUGCAGGGGAGUUUAUGGGAACCCUUCAACGUGUCGACCAACUCAUUACUCGAAAAUAUUCAAGAAAGCUUGUCCUACUGCUUACAGUUAUGCUUAUGAUGAUCCGACCAGUAUCUUCACUUGUUCCGGUUCAGAUUACGUCAUCUCUUUCUGUUCCUACAGGAAGAAGCCGGUGGGAACGUGUUCUGGUUCUGGUGGAUUCAAGACGAGGGUCCGGAGGUUGUGGCUUGUAUUGAUGAUGUCGGUUGAUGCUUUUAACUAGUUUUGGGACUCCCUUUUUUAAAUAAACAAGUGUUUUUCUUUCUCUCGAGGAAUAAUUCUAUAUUUUUUUAAAUUUCAAGUGUGUUGAUAAAGCUAAAUUCAAAAUAAAUAUAAGGUUAGUUUGGGUGUGAAAGCAAAGAUGAAAACAGAAUGCAAUGUCUUUACUCUGGAGUCCAAACAUAAUUUCCCAAAACUGCAGGGCACAAUUGCAAGAAAAAGAUAAAAGUGAGGUUACAUCAUUAAUUUUACAAAAAGGCCUUCGAGUGGGCCCAAUGUAAAAUCCGACAACAGUUUUAAGUGUUUUGUCUGGUCCUCCACACACGAGUCGAAAGUGGAAACGCUUUUUUAGGUUGAAACGAAUUCGAAAACGCCAUUUUU